AUCAGUCAGUAACCGAACUUCGCCGAGUUUGUUUAUUUUACGAAUUUAAUUUCUUUCGAAAAGAAAGUAAAUAGGGAAUAAUAUGUCUUCACCGACAGAAGAAAGCGUACGGCGCAACAGCGAAAGCGAAGGUGGCGAAGCUGAGACGCCGGAACAUGAUCCUCACUUUGAUCCCAUCGUGUCGUUACCUCUUGUGGACGUCCACACGAAUGAAGAGGAAGAGGAGGAACUCGUAAAGAUCCGCGCCAGGCUUUACAGAUACGAUACUGGAGACCAUGAAUGGAAGGAAAGGGGCACGGGUGAUAUCAAAUUGCUUCGUCACAAAGUGAACAACACAGUCCGAGUUGUGAUGAGACGUGACAAGACUCUGAAAGUGUGUGCGAACCACUUCAUCACACCUGAUAUUAGGAUGAAUGUCCACUGCGGUUCUGAUAAGGCCUUCAACUGGUCUGUUUUUGCUGAUUUUGCUGAUGAAACCAUGAAACAGGAACUAUUGGCUAUCAAAUUUGGAAAUGCUCAAAAUGCAGAACUAUGGAAGACCAAAUUUGCAGAGGCUCAAGAGAUUGUGAGAACAAAAUGUAGUAUUUACACGCAGGACCUGUCUUCAGAUGACGAGAGCAGCAUCACAAGAAGCGAGGACACUGACUCACCGGAGCCCAAGCCUAAGACUUUGGAAAUAGAUGCCAAAAAUGACAAAGAAGAAGUUGAUUCAGAUGGCGUAGUCUUAAAAUUGAAGGAGCUGAAGGUAGAAGGUGCGGAAUAAAUUUCAUUUUUAAUUUUAAUGUAUUAAGAGGCCAAUAUGUAAUUUGAUGUUGUAAGACAACUACAGAAUGACUUGUUUAUGAUGUACUAGCUUUUACCCGCGGCUUCGCACGCAUCACAAAAAAAUAAAAAGCCUAUGUGACAUAUGCUAUUACACACAGCGCCAUCUAUACCAAUAAUUUCGAUUUCCUUCGAGAAUACCAAAUUUUUCCAGCAUAAAAAGUACCCUAUUAUUUAAUCCAGACUUCUAACUUUACGUCUGCAAAAAUUCAAAGCAAUCGGUUCGGUAGUUACGGCGUUAAAGCGGAACAAACAAACAAACAAACAAACUCACUUUCCGAUUUAUAAUAUUAAGGAUAUUAAGGAUUAAGCUGGUAACGUAAGAAGUUUGAUUAGAUUGACAAUAGACUAAGUUCCGUUGUAAUGGUAAUUGCUUAUGCUUCAGGUCUACUGUCCAUGAUGCUUAAUUGCUCCUAAGCAAGCAAGUAUUUGCCA